AUGUAUCAACAAGUCCAAACUCUUCUUCUCUCUCUUUUGCUAUGGCUUCCAAUAGCGCUUGCGCAAGAACAACCGCGCAAAGGAACAAACCGGCCACAGUUUUGUAGCGUAGCAACCUGUGGUGCAGCAAGCAACACGGCAACAUGUAGUCGGAGACUAAACCCUCGAUUGUUUGAUGCGCCCAACCUUACCAGCCUGCCGAAAAAGGGCCGAUGGAUCACCCCUGAGAAUUACGACGGCACUCUUGACAGCUUCUUCCGCGGCGAAGUAGCCAGGGUGGUACAUGCUGCCGGAGGCGGCGUCUCGAUCUUGGAAGACGACGUAACAUCCAAGUUUAUGCUCAUCAAGAACUCGCCACAGUCUAUGGCAAUGCUCGGCUUUUGCGGAUGUGUCGGUCUUGUGGUCAUGUCAAAAUCAGCGGUAUACAUGGCGCACAUUGUGGAGGAUCCAAUCCUUCGGUACCCUGACAGAUUCCAGUCCGGUCUUCAACUCCAAGGGGAAGGUACAGGCGAAAACAAUCACAUGUUUGGCCUUGAAGAUCUAGCGGGCACAAGUUUCGCUCCAGAUCAAGAGCCGUUGGCUAUCGUAUUUUCCCCAAAAGCAGCCGGAAACAAAUUUAAAUACCAAGACCAAAUGGUGCAACUUGGUCAGUGGUUGAAUCAGUUAAUCGGAGUAAACCCUCAAUGGGCUGGAUACUCACCAAUACGGAGGGGGGAUGAAGAACACAGAUUUGACUGGCGAUGUGCUAGACCAGAAGGCAAAUUGUUAGUGCAGUACCAGCCGUCUAUCGAAGGACUGUUUGGAUUUAGACGUUCAAAUGCCCAAGCUAGGUUAUGGGUUGAAGGAAAACAGAGACCUUUCGAAAAGUCAUGGGAACCCUCUCCCGUUCAACACUUUACAAAUUAG